AUGUCAACAUUCAUCAACCCUCCUCGAGUCCAGGUACUCGCGGACAUCGAUUCCGAUCCUCAAUUCGCUCCCUCAUCCACUACCGUUAGCGAUAUUUUGACGCCCGAUGCUUUACAAUUCGUGGCACUUUUGCACCACACUUUUGACGAGCGCCGUAGGAAAUGCCUGGAAAAUCGCCAAUCCGUCCAGAGUGAUAUAGACUCGGUCGGAGCCGAGAUCGCUAAAAACGGCAACUCCGGCUCGGUCGAGCUUUUCCGGUUGCCACCGGAAACGCAGCGCGUGCGCGAUGACGUAAGCUGGCAGGGUGCUAUUCCAGCGCCGGGUUUGGCCGAACGGCAUUCGGAGAUUACAGGUCCACCUCUGCGUAAUAUGUUGGUGAAUGCAUUGAACGCACCGGUGUCCACAUACAUGGUCGAUUUUGAGGACUCGGCGGCCCCCACUUGGGCCAAUUGUGUGUAUGGUCAAGUGAAUUUGUUUGACGCAAUCCGUGACCAGAUCGACUUCCGCACGCCUCGUAAGGAAUACCGGUUGCGCGCACCAUUUGCAUCACUUCCCACGAUACUAGUGCGUCCACGUGGAUGGCACAUGCUCGAGAAGCACGUGACUGUGGACGGAACUCCAGUGUCAGCGUCACUAUUUGAUUUCGGACUAUUUUUCUUCCACAACGCGCGUGCGCUGAUCGAACUGGGCAAAGGUCCAUAUUUCUACUUGCCCAAGAUGGAGCACUAUCUCGAGGCAAGACUAUGGAAUGACGUUUUCAAUGUAGCACAGGAUGUGCUAGGAAUUCCACGUGGCGCUGUUCGUGCCACCGUCUUGAUUGAAACAUUGCCUGCCGCAUUCCAGAUGGAAGAGAUUUUGUUUGAACUGCGUGCCCAUUCUGCUGGCUUGAACUGCGGUCGUUGGGACUACAUUUUCAGUACCAUAAAACGGUUGCGCAACGUCCCAGGCCACGUUCUCCCAGACCGUCAGCACGUCACUAUGAAAGCUCCAUUUAUGGAUGCCUACGUACAGAGACUCAUCGAAGUAUGUCAUAGACGUGGUGUUCACGCCAUGGGAGGCAUGGCUGCUUAUAUCCCCAUCAAAAAUGAUGAGCGUGCCAAUUCUGCUGCAUUGGCACAAGUGCGUGCCGAUAAAGAACGCGAGCUGCACAAGGGCCACGAUGGGUCAUGGGUAGCGCACCCAGCGCUGGCUCCAAUUUGCAACGAAGUAUUCCAUAGCAUGGGAACCCCCAACCAAAUUCAUUAUAGGCCCCAAUGCGCCGUACAAGCUACCGACUUGCUAAACACUCGAAUCUCGCAAGGCGGCGUCACCGUAGAGGGAAUCCGCCAGAACUUGUCUAUCGGCCUUCAGUACAUGGAGGCUUGGUUGCGUGGGUCUGGUUGCGUUCCAAUCAACAACUUGAUGGAGGAUGCGGCCACUGCAGAAGUGUCUAGGUGCCAGCUUUACCAAUGGGUUACACACCGUGUGAAAUUGUCCGAUACGGGUGAAGUGGUCACUCCCGAUUUGACGCAGCGCAUCUUAGAAGAACAGGUUAAGGAACUGUCGGCCAAAAGCACACUGGGCAAGAACAACAAAUUUGAGCUGGCAGCUAAAUACUUCCUUCCUGAAAUCCGCGGAGAGAAAUUCAGCGAAUUUUUGACUACUCUAUUGUAUGACGAAAUUUUGACGUUGAAGACACCACGUUUGUAA